UGCCCUGCGUUUGCUCAGACUGACACCAUUCAGGUUCAUAUGUUAAAAUUCGGCACAAUUUAGAUGUGAGCCACCAUCAUCAAAUUUAAAUCAGCAAAAUCACUGUGACAAGAUAUUAACGCGCGGGACCUGAUUACAAUAACUACAUUUUAUAUUUCAAUAUUUCCUCACUGUUGGGUAUUAUGAAGAUAUCACAGUUUACGUUUAACUAAUCGUACAGAUUCUGACUUACAAACGGUACGAGGUGAGUGAGUUAACUAGCUACCAGAAUAAGAUGUUAAAACACAACUAGGAAUCAGCAAACCGAUUUCGGAAAUAAUCCAUAAAUUAGUCCCCAUCGUACAGAGAACCUGGCCAGCUGUGGUCAAAACUCAUCAGGGAGGAAUCUUCAAAAACAGCCGUUCAAGCACGUAAAUAAAGAGAAGGGAAGGUGGAUUGUUGAGAAAAUGCAUUUUUAAAGGAGCUGUAAUAAGUGUUAUGAUGAAGAAGCUCUGCACGGGAGCGCGCCUCACGGAUCCAGGAUGAUUAGCGUCAUUUUAAUGUUAAUUAUUAAAGUCACAAAAGCGAAUCGGUGCCGAAAACACACUUUACACAUCAGUCCGGUUUACAGCAUUCUCGGGCGAAUGAUUAAAGCGCGGCUCCUCCCGGGAGAUAAGCUAGGGGUCCGCUUCAGCCGCUGUCGUCCCGGUGCGAAAUACGCAUGCUGCAGAGCCGUCCCGCAUCACUGCGACCCGGGCAACCGAAUGGCCGCUGCCCCCGUUAUGAGUUGCUUCUCCCCGUAAGCGCUCGGACGCUCCCCGGUCCGGCCCAGCCGGUGCCGGCUUGCUCCCCUUCCGCAUUUCGCUGCGGCCCCGGGGCUGUGACGUGGCAGGCUGACGGCGGCGAGGCGCCGCGGACCUGGGGGCUGCUGCGCGCUGUGACCGAGUCUGUGGUGCUCGAGGACGCUCGGCCCCUCCCUCCGUUCCUCCAGCGGCCCGCCCCGCUCUCACGGACUCCCGCGUCCAGCUCUGCCGAGACUGGGGGAACCCGCACGGCCUGCGGAAGCGCUACCAGCACCAAGGCCGCCCUUCGCCGCUAAAGGGCGCUGCUGCAAAUGGUGACGGGGCGAUGGAUGAAGUUGGCGGCCUCUCCCUGCACUCACAGGAACCCAAGAUCAUCUUCCAUGGAUCAGGCAACGGGGGGCCUGAUGGGGAGGAGAUUGUGGUGGAACUGCAGGAGGCCGUGUUCGUGUCCGAGCUGCAUGGUGAGCACAUGGCCCUCAGGGGCCUGGGGCCCGAGCAACUCGGCUCCUUGGUGAUCCAGGACUGCGCCGAGGACACGGUGGCCGAGUACGUACACUGCGCUGAGGAUGGGCUUGCACUGGAGGAGGCUGUCGCAGUGGAGACCUGUGUCGUGUCACCCCGGGACCUCGCUGUGGAGGAGGAGCUCCAGGUGGAUGUGGUUCCUGAGGAGGUUCCGGAAGCCGACAGCCCAGUUCAGGACAGUCAGGGUGCCUGUGAGGACUACCUAAUGAUCUCCUUGGACGAGGUAGGGAAGAUGGUCCAAGAUGGCGAGGCUGAGGUGAUGGUGGAGGGUGCUGAGGAAGACGGCGACGAGGAGAAAGAGGUCAUUAAGGUGUACAUCUUCAAGGCUGACUCUGGGGAUGCGAACCUAGGUGGGGCUGUGGACAUCACCGAAGGCCAGAUGGAGGGGGAGGAUGGGGUGGAGUUGCUGGAUGGCACUGGGCACUCAAUUCAGGAAAAGACAGUAUACCUGUCUGUGGAGGAUGAGGGUGGGACCAAGGUGACCGAUGAGGUGUAUAUGGAAGUGGUGGUGGGGGGUGAGGAUGCCGGUGCCGUCGAGAGGCCGCAUGGCAACACUGCUCUCAGCAAGGACUUCAUGCCAGUGUCCUGGGCCGCCGCCUACAGGGAGGAGCAGGCAGAGAUCCCGGAGGCCCGGAAUGGGGCAGCCAGUGCUCUGCUACACGUCGAAGAGUCUGGCGGCGAGUCCAGUGAGCCCAACAGAACCAACAGCCAUCGCAGCAAGAGCCACAAGCGAGCCGGGCUGCGGCAGGUCCAGACUGCCAUCAUCAUCGGCCCGUGUGGCCAGCCGCUCACCGUCUACCCCUGCAGCCUCUGCGGCAAGAAGUUCAAGUCACGCAGCUUCCUGCGCCGCCAUGCCCGCAACCAGCACUCGCAACUGCAGUCACCGGAGCAUCACAGGAAAUACCGGUGCACUGACUGUGACUUUAGCACCAACAAGAAGGCUGCGCUGCACAGUCACAUGGAGGCACACACGCCUGGCACCAAGGCUCCAGCAGCGCUCUACGCACACAAGCUGCAGCGGCGUGGCACAGAGGCCUGGCUGCCGGCGAGCCCCACCCCUAAGAUGCAUAAAUGCAAAUUCUGCGACUACGAGACUGCUGAGCAGGGCCUGCUGAACCGCCACUUGCUGGCUGUGCACAGCAAGAGCUUUCCGCACAUCUGCGUGGAGUGCGGCAAGGGCUUUCGGCACCCAUCAGAGCUGCGGAAACACACGCGCACCCACACAGGUGAGAAGCCCUAUGGCUGCCCCUACUGUGGCUACCGUUCCGCCGACUCCUCCAACCUGAAGACGCACGUGCGGAGCCGGCAUGGUGGGGAGACAGGCCACCGGUGCGAGCGCUGCGCGCUGGCCUUCCCUGUGCGCGAAGAGCUGCUGCGGCACGCACUUUCGCAUGAAGAGCCGCGCACUCACCAGUGCGCCCACUGCCAGCACCGCAGCUCCAACUCCAGUGACCUGAAGCGCCACAUCAUCUCAGUGCACACCAAGGACUACCCGCACAAGUGCGCCGUCUGCGCCAAGGGCUUCCACCGGCCAUCAGAGCUGAAGAAGCAUGCAGCGGUGCACCGCACCAAGAAGCCGCACCAGUGCCGGCACUGCAGUUUCUGCACCGCCGAUCCCUUUGUGCUCAGCCGCCACAUCCUGUCGGCGCACACCAAGGAGGUGCGGCCGCAGCCGUGCAGACCAGCCUCAGGGGCCCAGGGGCCCGGCAGCAGGGCCCCACGGGAGCGGCGGCUCUACCAGUGCCAGUACUGCGACUACAGCACCGGUGACGCCUCGGGCUUCAAGCGGCACGUCAUCUCCAUCCACACCAAGGAAUACCCCCACCGCUGCCAGGCCUGCGGCAAGGGCUUCCGGCGGCCCUCCGAGAAGAACCAGCACAUUCUUCGGCACCACAAAGAGCUGGCACCAGUGCCAUAACACCUCCCUCCCUUCGAAGGGUGCUAGCCUGCAGAGCGAUCGGGGUUCCUCGCUUCAGCCCUGCUGCGCGAUGGCAGGGCGUCCUCAUUUAAAUGAGGUCGAGCGGCACUUCCUGUUUCGCUAUGUGCCGCUUCUUUAAAUCAAGGGGCAGCUCUGCUCCAUGGGUCGUUUGCACUAAGAAGGCGGUGGCUUUUCUGCCUGUCGACCACGAGCCGCCUCUAGGAGUUGCUGCACGACUGCUCAGAAGUGCUCGGAUUGCCCCGUUUGCCGCACUUGUGCUCCGUGUUCUGGCUGGACACAGGUGCCCCUGACAGCAGCUUCACUCUCAUGCAUCACACUGCUCUUCCCGGAGAGCUUUGCAGGAGCACGGCAUCUCACAGGACGCGCCAACCUGCCGCCACUCCCUCGGGAGGCUUUUCCCUUCUCCGACCUCAGUCUGGCUGCCGUGUUCUGUUAUGAAGCCGAUUAGCUCCCUUGGGAUGACACAGGCUCCCCCUAGUGACCUAUAACAGCCACAACCAGCAGGAGUCUAAUUAUUUUGGACUGAGAAAUUAAGAUUUAUUUUGGGCCUUUAAACUGUAGAGAAGGUGGUAGGCUUGGGCCAGCAAAAUUAGAAUUGUAUUGUGGGAGACCCCCUCCCCCCCCCGUCAGCAAAUUUUAUUGCCAAAUUUUCUAAAUAUGGGAAUGGUGUUGCUUUUGAAAAUACUGUCUAAUAUGGCAAUACAGUGUCUGGACAGUAAGGAAGAAUUAGAUGUUGCCCAAGCUUGCCUGUCCCUGGCAACUGGAACGCAGAGAAGAAUAAACGCAGCCAGAGGGCCAGGGAGGGGGGUGUGACCUGCUGCAGGACAGUUGCUCAGAUAGCCGAUAAAUCGCGUGUUUCCUGCCGCCGAGCUCCCCAACUCAUCACUGUGCAACUGUUCAUCACGUUGCUCUAUGUAACAAUGCAGAUGAUUGUAUUGUGCACAGUUCAGUCAGCCUGUGCCCAUGCAGCCCUUGGAGGGCCAGCAGGCCAGUGGCUUACUAUCCAUGAUAUAUUUGUAAAGAAAGAUUAAAUAAAACGGACUGUUUUCCGUU